GUCGCCGUCAGUUGUCUACGCGGUUCCGCGGUGUCGCGGUGGCCGAUGGUAUUAUCUCGCGGGUAAAGUGGUGCCGAGCUCUCUCGAUCUCGCGAUCUUUCCUCACAGUCUCGCGGACGUGCUGCGCGAAUAUCCGGUCGACCGCCACACCAAAAUGGCCGCGUGCUGAGAGAGUUCCUCAGGCUUCCUGGUGCCGCGGAAUUCCCCCCCCCCCGCGAUCCGGACCACUCUCGGAUUCGUGAUGACGCGGGAACGCGUUGUCCUCGGAUAGGAUUUCUCGCAGAGCGGAGGAAAGCGAAGAAAGAGAGACCAGGAGGAACGGGGAUCGCAGCCAGAUCGGUCUCGCCGAAGCGAGUAGGAGCGAAUUGGGCUCGCCCAUGCCGGGCAAAACGGGAGAACUCGAGAGCAACAGCAACAGCAACGGCAGCAGCAGCAGCAGCAGCAGCAGCAGGUGGAGAGGAAAUCUCGGGAGAGGAAAAAUCGUCGCGGAUAGAAAACGCGGAAGCGUGACGUCGUGAAGGACGUUGCAUCUCCAUUUGCCAGCGACUGUAUAAUUUCUCUCGCGAAAAUGCAUUCAUACGGGAGAAUGUCACGGAAAACGGGACAUUCGAUGCUCCUUGCGUCGCCCCUGACGCUGCUGAUGAUGAUGAUGAUGAUGAUGAUGAUGAUGAUGGCGAUGACGUCCUGGCGAACUGCAUACGCUCACGUGGCUUUGACAUUCCCGAGGGCCAGGCACUACGAUCUGGAUUUCCUGGACAACGCCAGAACGCCAGCACCAUGCGGCAUGCCUCGUGGUCACGUCAAGACGUCGUUGCUGGCAGGAAGCAAUUUCAACGUCACGUGGCACCUCGCCUAUCCCCACAGGGGAGGAUUCCGUCUUCAGAUCUUAGAUUUUUACGAUAGACCUCUGAUUGAUCUGACGCCCAUUACACAAAACAGCGAGUUCGUCGAGGACGAUGCUACGGCGCAAAGUUACGCCGUGCAGCUGCCGCAAGAUUUCACCUGCACGGACUGCACCAUCAGACUGCUGCGCGAAGCCGAGGAAUGGGGCUCCAGCUACAGAUUUUGGUCGUGUGCCGACAUCGACAUCCGCGAUAAAAAGGACUACCGGGAGGACUGCAGCGGUCACGGGCGUUACUUGCUGGGCAGGUGCAGGUGCGACCGUCUCUAUCACGGCACGAGGUGCGAAUUUAAGGAGGAAUGCCUGGACAACUCGGAUUGCGGUGUUCAGGGCACGUGCAUCGACAAUGAUGGCACGACCGCGCCUACCAAGCAAUGCUACUGCAACGCCGGCUGGUUCGGUCCGGGUUGCGCGAAGAGAUCAGCGGUAAAGAGCAUCGAUGUAAAUCUGGAUGCGUACACGAUGAAGCGGUUCUCGGACGAUGUCAUAUUCUAUUGGCGGAUCCUAAAGGAAAGCAAAGAGUUAGAAGGUAUUCUUAUGGCCAACUCCACGACGUGGAUCGGUAUUGGAUGGAGACCCAGCGAUCUCGGUCCAAGCUGCCGAUCCUUCCCUAUGAUCAAGGACAUCCCGGAACCGCUUCCGCAGCCGGAACCAAAAUCAGAGCAGGUCAAUAAAUCGACGCCUAAGCCGGAACCAGAGCCGAAAGCGGAACCGGAACCGGAGCCAGAACCAGAACCUGAGCCGGAGCCUGAGCUCGGCCUGGAAGGCGAAAAAUCGAUAGCGAAGAGGCGAUCGGCGAAGGCGGACGCCACACAUUUCGGCGUGACAUCGGGACCGGAUGUCGACGUCACCGUGCAGACCAGCGUAACAUAUCAAGUCAGCACGAAGCAAGGCCGCAAGAGAAGAUCUCCAAAGGCAGAUGUGGCCUCCGCUAUUGGGAAACAGGUCGGCGAGUCCAGCGCUGUCGUCGGGCAAGAAUCAAAAUCCGAGUCAGUACCUACCUCCGAGCCAGAACCAAAAUCCGAGCCUGAACCCAGCUCUGAGCCAGAGCCGAAAUCCGAACCUGAACCCAGCUCCGAGCCAGAGCCGAAAUCCGAGCCUGAAUCCAGCUCUGAACCGGCACCAAAAUCCGAGCCUGAACCCAGUUCUGAGCCGACAUCAAAAUCCGAGUCUGAACCCAGCUCUGAGCCGGAACCAAAAUCCGAACCAGAACCCAGCUCCGAGCCAGAGCCGAAAUCUGAGCCAGAACCCAUCUCUGAACCGGAACCAAAGUCCGAGCCAGAACCUAGUUCUGAACCGGUGCCAAAAUCCGAACCAGAACCAAAAUCCGAGCCAGAGCCAAAAUCCGAGCCAGAACCAAGUUCUGAGCCGGAACCAAAAUCCGAGCCAGAACCCAGUUCUGAGCCGGAACCAAAGUCUGAACCGGAACCUAAAUCUGAACCAGAACCCAACUCGGAACCGGAGCUCAACGUGGGUCCAAAGUCGGGAGCAACGAAAGCAUCGUUACCGGCGCCGGGGCACAAGUACGCGCCCAAGCACGACUUCAACCCCAUGGACUGCACGGACAUUAUAAUCGGCACCGCGCGAGGGGCGAGUUACAGGAUAGGCGAUUAUUACACGAGGGACAGGUCGACGCCGCGCAAGGACGCCUACUGGGACGGCCGGGACAGCCUGACCGCCGCGUUCGGCUACGAACGCGACGGCGUCACGACGAUGCUCUUCCGCAGGAAGCUGGCCGCGAGCGAGCCGACCGAUCACGAGAUCCGCGACGGGAACAUGCAGGUGAUUUGGGCGAAAGGUCAAGAGCCGGGCAGGUACGUGCAUCAGCCGGCUAGCGGGAUCGAAAAGGCCAAGGUCGGCGUCAAAGACUUCUACAAGGUCGACGAGCUCAAAUAUCACGGCCACGGAAUGCAGAGAGGCGCGGUCACGAUGAAUUUCUUCGACGAAGCUAAAAAGCCGGAAUUCGCCGGCGGUGUAGCGUUGGAAGAUGGAAGCUGCGGUGGUCAAUGGCGUUAUCCGAGAAAUUGCUCGCCGGAAAAUGGUACCUGCGAAUAUGCCAUACAAUGGACGUACAAGGGUAAAAAGGAUUUGAUAACGUUCGUAAUUUCCACGACAAACAUCAAUACGUGGACAGGAGUUGGAUUUUCCGACGACAGUAGUAUGUCGCAAACUGAUGCCGUGCUCGGUUGGGUCGACAAGACGAACGGCCGUGCUUUCGUGAUGGACACCUGGAUCAGCGGCUACAACGCACCAUUAUUAGAUCCGUCGCAGGAUGUCUAUAACAUCAGCGGUCGUAUCGAGAACGGCAUGACUACUCUCCGAUUCUCAAGGAAGCGGAUAACAAAGGACAGCAAAGAUCUCUCGUUCACGGACGAUCACUGUCUGUACAUGAUGUUCCCGGUCAAGGGGGGUAUAUUCAAUCCGAUCAAUAAGAAGAUCCGGAAGCACGACGCGAAGCCGGUCGUUUCGUCCGACAGGAUAUGCAUCAAAUCCUGUGGCAUUGAAGAAAUUGAAGAUCAAACCACGCCCGCACCACCAAGAUUACAUUAUGAUAUCGAAGUCAAACUCGUUAACUUGGGUGAUGGAUUUAUGGCGCCCACACCCGACAGUCCCGACUUUGAAGUGAUCUCAAACAGGAUAUCGGAGAGCUUCGGACCAGUCUUCGAGAAGCUUCCAGGCUACUAUCAAGUUCGACUUGACGAAUUACGAAAGGACAACGAGCAAGGAGUGAUUGCGCGCAUGAAUCUAAUCCUCGACAAGAACGAGGCCAAGGGCAGGUCCUUGAAACCUGCGGACACUGGCCUAGAGGCAGAAAAAGCGUUGCGCGAGGCACUCGUGACCGGCAAGGUCGGAGCACUCAGCGUCGACCCGCAGUACUUAAUUGUCAGGGCACCCCGAGUGAACGACAUAGAAACCGAAGACGAGUACGAUCGAUCACCUUCCGCGACGGACUUGUUCCUAGGCGCAACGAAACUUUAUAUCGUCGUUGGUUGCGUGGCAGCAUUGCUGGCCCUCGCUCUUCUUCAGGCCAGUUGUACUCUGUACAGGAGCUCGAAGAGACGAGCAACUAAGGAGCGAUUGAUCGCCAGCAACGCCUGGAAGGAUUAUGCUUCCGGUGCAAACACCAACUUCGCCUUCGAGGCGUUCGAGACGGAGGAGAAAGCGCCACCGCCGCCGAUUUCCAGCCUGCCGAGACCCAGGGAGAUGACCGGCAAUGGCACGAAUGGCAUAAACGGUAUCGAUGCUGUCGAGGGACCUAAUAGGCUAGUGGGACCCAGAGCAACCUACAGUCUGCCACGUGCACCCGGUGCCAGACACUCGGCGCCUAUCCAGCAUGGUUAUUACACCCAGGACCGCAGAGACCAUUAUGGACGUCCUAAGAGCAUGCAUAAUCCAGCGGGCAUGGCCCAAGCGAACCAACCGGACUUCUACUUCAUGCCCAGUCAGCGAAAAUACAGCGGCGAGGUCGUGCGCGUCUACGUGGAUUACGGUAGCCAGAUGCCGAAAUAAACAAGGGGAGAAGUUCGAGUCGCGAGAACAAUUUAUCCGCUUCACCGAAGCGAUCUGUACAUAUUCGAGUUGUAGUGACAGAGGACGCGGAGAAAGAACUACGCAGCCCCUGUGCGGUGCUAUUUUGUCUCUGUUUUUUUUUCCCUUCCUUUUCCCGCGAUUUUCUUUUUUCGAGGUCCCGUCUGAAUCGAUAGAUUUCAGGGAUUAAAGGGAAAGGAAAUCGCUCCGCAUGGAAGCAUAGAAGUGGCACUUACGACCAAAGAAGAUAUCCGUAGGGCGCGCGCCCUAUAGUUCUGUACAGAGCGCAUGAACUCUCAUUAGACUUUUGUGCUUUUACGCGCGCAGAAACUGUUUAAUUAUAAGUGGAGAAACUAUUUAAUUAUAAGUAAAUCUUAUAGUAGCCGAGAAUUUGACAGUCCGAGGAUCCCUGGGUCCCAGCUAUGAAUCUUGUAAUCUAUGUAUUCGAAGAUUUAAAAAAAGACCCAUCUUAUAAUUUAAUAUCAAGAAAAUAAGACUCGCGAUUAAAAAGAACGAGACUCAACUAUCUUGAAAUUCAAGAAUUCCGCACUAUCUUGCUCGAUGUAUGCAUCUGUUUAUAUUACGCAAAGUAUCGAUACGCUCGAUGGAUGCGUCAGCAGUUAAAGAGUAAGCACGAAUGUGCGUUUGAACAAUAAAAUAUUUGUACAUUUUUAAAUGGA